AUGCGCAAUCAAGCAGCAUUCACCUUCGCGGCGGUGUACUAUACAGUGCACAUAGGUUUAGAAUUUUGGGAUUUCAUCGACGUCGCAGGCGAGCAGGACCACAUGGUGCACAACUUAUUGGAAACUAUAUUAACGAUGUCGACGUUCGCCGGUAUGCUUGUGGUAGCUAAACGUCGCGAUGACUUGAAGGGGAUAAUCGAAACGAUGAGAGACAAUAUGGAAAAAGAAACGCUGUACGAUAACAUCGAGGAGAAGCGUUUGUACUACCACUACAACUCCAUCUCUUAUAAUUUCUGCAAAUACGGCCCAUUAUUCUCGUUUACUACAGUUAUAACGAUGACACCGACUCGCUAUGCAAUGCUGUACGCCUACCAAAUAUUCUGGUGUUUUUUACCGAUGAUCCACAUGGCGGAAGUAGGUUUAAUAGUUAACUUGGCUCUGCACUGCUGCGCGAAAUUAUCGAUACUCGCCCAUCGUAUUCGAAAUAUCCAAGUGGACUCAACAAAAUCAUUCAAAGAUGACAUCAGAAAAACAGUGAUCAUGCAUUUGGAGCUGAAAGAGUAUCAUGAAACGUUAAACGACAAUUUCAAUAUGAUGCUUCUGAUAGAACUCAUGAGCUGUGGUGUCAGAUUGGGCUUAUCGUUAUACCUCGUACUAAUCAAACUCGGCGUUGACAAGGCAGCUACAAUAAAUUUCAUCAUUCACAGCAGUCUUGUAGCUGGUUUUAUAUACGUGUAUUCCUACAUAGGCGAACAAUUAGUAUACGAGUCCCAACAAUUGGGUGAAGCAUUCUAUGAUAUUCGCUGGGUAGAUGUAGACAGCCACGAAAGAAAAGCGUUGUUAAUGUGUAUGAUGAAUGGACAAAAAAUUAUGUACAUGACAGCUGGGAAAUUUUAUACUUUUUCGCUGUUCGGUUUUACCGAGAUUGUAAAAACUUCUAUGGCGUGUGUCUCCAUGCUGCGAGCCGGAAUGUAACAGUGCGAUACAUAGUAUGAUUAGAAUUAUUUUCUAUUGGCAC